GAAAUGUAGUUUUAUGCGUUAAGUUUUAGCAACCGGCUAACAACCAACUUCUCAGCGGCUUGUUCCCGACUGCCCCGUCGCCUCCAACUUCAGAAUGCCAACGGGCGGUGUAUAAAUGGCGGAGAGCAAUGACGGAGGAGUUUGACGAAGAUGUGGUAUUUGAGAACUCCCCUCUUUUCCAGUACCUGCAUGAUCUAGGGCACACAGACUUCGAGGCAUGUCCGACGGCAUCACAGGAGGACGAAUAUGGCAGCGAAGAGGGAGACCUCCCCUACGGAGAUCCAAGGAAAACUUCAGGCGGACGCUUCCGGAGACUGGCUGAAACCUUGUGGAGGUGGAGUCCGCUUCACCGGGCGGCUGCGUCUCAGAAGAUGGGCCAGCAGCUGGACUGUGUGUUCGGCCAGUACUCGGUGAAGUGCAUUCUGGACCAGGACGUGCUGCUGCAGGAGGACGUGGAGCUGAUCGAGCUGUUGGACCCGAGUCUGCUCACUCUCGGCUCGUCUGCCUCUGGCUCCUCCAGCCGAGCGGUCGUCCUGCCCAGACCCAGGCUCCUAGCCAGGCCCUCCCUAUGGGACAUGGCGGGGCUGGUCGGCCUGGCUGCGGUGCUGUUGGGUUGCUGCUCGGCGUCCGGGGGCCCGUGGUCGCUGGCCGCGGCCCCGUGGAGCCUGGCACUCCUGGGCUGGCUGGGAAUGAGGGGGGUCCUGCUGUGGAGGCGGGGACGCAUGCAGAGAGCCGUCCACUCGCGGGCCACGCAGCUCCAGACUCUGGUCCACAACAGCAAGACUCUGACGGGGCUGUCUCGUAAAGCCCUGCGCCUGGUGCAGGAGACGGAGGUCAUCUCCAGAGGGUUUACCCUUUUGCUCGACAGGGUGAGUGCGGCCAGCUCCUUUAGCAGGGCGGGGGCGGGGGCGGUGCCACGCGGCCAGCAGCUGAUCGGACUGAGGAAGGCCCUGUACCGGGCGCUCCGCACGGCCUUCAGAGCCUCGCGGAGAGCCACCUGUCACAUGCUCAAGGCGUUCCCUCUGAACUCUGAGAUCGAUAACGUGACCAACUAUGUGUCCGCCGUGCCUCUGAAGGAGCUGGGCCUCGGCCUGGGGAUCGAGCACCUGGGCGACGAGCAGGCUCAGGAGCUGACGGACGACUACAGCCUGCCUGCCCUGAAGAUGCUGUUCCAGCUGUGGGUGGGGCAAAGCUCCGAAUGUUUUCGACGACUUGCUCUCCUCCUCUCGCCGCGAAGAAUAGAGGAGCCGGACGAGGGCGGAGCCAGCGGCGAUGCCUCACCUCCUCCUCCUCCUCCUCCUCUUCCCCCGCUGCACCGCUCCAUCGCCGCGGUGACGGAGCCCCUCCAUCACGCUCUGGCCACCUGCCUCUGCGAAGUGCAGCGCAGCUUCGACUUCCACCGGCACUUCGAGACCCAGGUGAGGACGCCGGGCUCCGACAAGACGGGGAGGGUCCGGGAGAAAUGCCGAGAGCUCAACACCCUGCACUCCUCCAUCCGAAGCCUGCAGCUGCACCUCAAGGCCCUGCUCAGCGAGAUGAUCAUCCUGGAGGACGACCUGGAGAAACUGAUGGUGUCCAAGGAACCGACGGAGCUGACGCUGGAGGGCUACCAGGACCUCAGCGACCGGCUGCACCAGCUGCAGCCGCACAUGCACGCCAGCUCGGGCUGCUGGGAGAACACCAUCAGCCAGGUGGAGCGCAUGCUGAGACGGGUCAACGCCUGCUCAGGUAACGCCGAGGGUCCGGCGCAGUGUUCCCCCCCCGUGCCCGGGAUUCCUGCUCCUCCUCCGUCCUACCCGUUGAUCCUGGACAGAGACCCUGUGCCAGAAGAGCUGGAGUGGGAGGCCUACGUGUCGGACUCGGACUCUGACGGCGAGGGCAGAGGGUCCUGGUCCGACAUCUUGUCACCGGAGGAACGGGAGCGGCAGCAGCGGGAGAGGGAGGAGUCCCGCCGCGUCCUGUCGGAGCUCAAAGCCGUGCUGGGCUUCCGUGCGUCAGAGGGGGAGAGGAUGAAGAGGAAGCAGCUGCUCUUCAACGACCAAGCCGCUCCCUCCGCUCACGGCGAGAGUCCCGAUCCGGUCACGAAUCUGUUGGACGCUCCGACCUCUCUGGGAACGGCGGAAAGUGGCGACGGGGACGGAAACCAUUUCUCGGAGUGCUCUGCGGGAAACGAAGGGGAGGAAGGGGAAGGAAGAGACGGCGGGGCGGGGCUCGACCCCUCGACGGAGUUCAGCUGCGGUUCGGAGGAUUUGGGAGGAGCUUCGGUGUGCGCCAGAGGAGGAGGAGGAGCGUCCGAGCUGCACCAAUACGACGGCGCCCCGCAGGAGGGGGACGGGGAGGGCCAGAACGGCCUGGACUGCUGCCUGAAGCCCAAAGCCCCCGCCGUCUCCGUGAUGGACAGGCUGACGGAGAUCCACGGCUCGGAGACCCUCAGCUUCAGCUCCGCCCUCGCCGCUCAGGUGGCGGCGCGCUCGCAGUCGCUCAUCGCCAUGGAGGAGCAGACGUUCGGAGACGCCGAUGAGGAUGAUGAGGAUGAGGAAGAGGAGGAGGACAGACGAACCCCCGAGGAGGACUGAAGUUAAACCCGACGGCUGAACAGAGACUGUAUUUAUGUCCGAUGUCUUUUAUCGACGCGUCUGUCUUUAACGGUUUCAAAUUAACUCUCCAUUACCCGUCCGGCCAUUUUACUGUUCGUUCGUUACCCACAAUUCUUACUGCUCGUUCGCUGUUAAAAACUCAGGUACCAGAACCACUAAAACAAAAUAUGACUUUUCAGUAGAAGACCAGAACAAUUCACUCUGUCAUCCACACAGUGUGUGUGUGUGUGUUUAUGUGUGUUUAUGUGUGUGUGUUGUUCUCAGUCAUUCAGCAGGUGUGGAAACAAGCAAUUGGCUCCAUAGAUUAAAGAAAAUACAAAUACAAAAAAAUGUUAUUGGAUUCUUUUUGAGAAUAAAAGUUUUAAUUACAGUUUUCAAAACGAUUUCAAGUGGUUAGUACAGUACUUUAGUAAAUGUGCCGUCAGACAGUUACACUGAAUUAGGAAGUAGAAUGGUAUUUUCUACUCUGGGCUCUUUAUUUCUGUCCCUUUCUGCGACUCCAUCCCUCUACUUACUGCCUGAAUGGACACGAUCCCACUUGGAAUGCAACACUAUUGUAUCUCAGAAAUGUUCAUGUCGACUGAAACCGGUCCACCCCC